AUGUCCAAGUAUAAGUACAGGUCAGAAAAGGACAUGACCACCGAAGACCCAGACGAGAUUAGGAAAAAGAACAAACCAUCGCGAACAGGAAAGCUGGAACGAGAUGGGAGAAUGUCCACCACCUACCCCCAGAGCAACAAGGGAUGGGCUUCGACGGACCUCCAGAGUUUUAAUACGGAAAAUGGUUUUAAUAAAUGGUGGAAACUUAAUCCCAAAAUCGAUGAACAUGAGGCUAAGUACGACCCAGUAUUACGAGAACACGUAGUAAAAAUUAAGAUGGGUAAUAAAUAUAGUAUCUCUUAUUUGUCACCAAAGAUUCAGAACGAAUUCAUAAAGCUAUUGGGAGGCGCAGUCAGAAGAACAAUUGUGGAUAAAAUAAAGCAGGCUAAAUACUUUUGUAUUAUAUUUGACAGCACUCCUGACAUUUCACACAAGGAUCAAACCAGUCAAAUUAGUAGACAUGUAGUUAUUGAUGGUAGUGAAGUCAAAGUUGUAGAAUCAUUUAUUGACUUCGUAGAAACUAAAAGAAAAACUGCUGGUGAAAUUACAAAUAUGAUUUUAACAAAAUUAGAAAAUGAUGGUUUAGAUAUAAAAGAUUGCAGAGGACAGGCUUACGAUAAUGCUGCUGUCAUGGCUGGAAAGCACAGCAGUAUUCAAACUGAUCUCUCAAACUGA